AUGGAGUAUCCUGAUCCAGACACGAUACGAAUCUUAGUUACUACUGACAAUCAUGUUGGUUACAACGAAAAUGAUCCCAUUACAGGCGAUGAUUCUUGGAAAACUUUCCAUGAAGUUAUGAUGCUAGCCAAGAACAAUAACGUUGACAUGGUGUUACAAUCGGGGGAUCUUUUCCAUGUGAAUAAGCCCUCUAAGAAAUCGUUAUACCAAGUAGUAAAGACUUUGAGAUUAUCUUGCAUGGGCGACAAACCCUGCGAACUAGAAUUGUUAAGCGAUCCUUCCCAAGUUUUUCACUAUGACGAAUUUACCAAUGUUAACUACGAAGACCCCAACUUUAAUAUCUCCAUCCCCGUGUUCGGUAUAUCGGGUAAUCAUGAUGAUGCAUCAGGAGAUUCACUGCUAUGUCCUAUGGAUAUUCUUCAUGCCACCGGCCUAAUAAAUCAUUUUGGCAAAGUCAUCGAGUCUGAUAACAUAAAAGUUGUGCCAUUAUUAUUCCAAAAGGGGACCACUAAACUUGCACUGUAUGGACUGGCUGCAGUUCGUGAUGAAAGGUUGUUUAGAACUUUCAAAGAUAAUGGUGUCACUUUUGAAGUACCGACUAUGCGUGAAAGUGAAUGGUUCAAUUUGAUGUGCGUCCAUCAGAACCACACUGGUCAUACAAAUACUGCAUUUCUCCCUGAACAAUUCCUGCCUGAUUUUCUGGAUAUGGUAAUAUGGGGCCAUGAGCAUGAGUGUAUCCCGAAUCUUGUACAUAAUCCAAUGAAAAACUUUGACGUCUUACAACCUGGUUCAUCUGUAGCCACAUCCCUUUGCGAAGCUGAAGCCCAACCCAAGUAUGUGUUUGUUCUCGACAUAAAACACGGAGAACCACCAAAAAUGACUCCAAUAACCCUGGAGACUGUACGCACUUUCAAAAUGAGAUCCAUUUCAUUGCAAGAUGUUCCCCAUCUGAGGCCUCAUGACAAGGAUGCUACUUCCAAGUACCUUAUUGAACAAGUCGAAGGAAUGAUCAACGAAGCCAAUGAGGAAACUAAGCGAAAGCUCGGGGACGAUGCUGAGGGUGAUAUGAUCGCAGAACUGCCCAAGCCAUUAAUUAGAUUACGCGUUGAUUAUAGUGCACCGUUCAAUAAGCAAUCCACAAUAGAUUAUCAGGUGGAGAACCCGCGCAGAUUUAGCAAUCGGUUUGUGGGACGUGUAGCUAACGGUAACAAUGUGGUUCAAUUUUACAAAAGAAGACCGCCUGUUGCUAGAUCGAAGAAGCCUGGUCUAAAUCGAACAAAUAUCAGCGAUAGAGAUGUCGAAAAACUCUUCAACGAAAGUGGUGGCGAAUUGGAAGUUCAAACUUUGGUUGAUGAUCUGUUAAACAAGAUGCAGUUAUCUCUUUUACCGGAAGUCGGUUUAAAUGAAGCGGUAAAGAAAUUUGUAGAUAAGGACGAGAAAUCAGCACUUAAAGAAUUUAUCAGCCAUGAAAUAUCAAAUGAAGUGGACAUACUAUCUACGAAUGAUGAAUUUUUAAGAACGGAAGAUACAGAGGAAAUGAAGGCGCUCAUAAAGCAAGUCAAACGUGCUAACUCCGUCAGACCGACUACUCCCAUGGAAAAUGAUGAGACAAGCUUCUCAUCAAAUCAUAACAGACUGAAUUCCCUCCAGCCCGGCAAUAAACUGUUACAAAAUGUACUUUCAGGUCCUGUUCAAUCACAUGUUGAUGGUGAAACCGAAGUAGCCCAUGCGGGUGAAGUAGGAAACAGUAAACUAACGAGGAAGGCAGAAUAUAUACGAUCCACGAAUAAAAAGAAAACUGCCGCUCCAUCGGACUCAAACGCUAUAUCUGAUCCAAAGAAUGAACUUGAUGAUGAUAAUAAUGCUCAAGUUGACGUUGAUAUCGAUGAGGACGAUAUAAUUAUGGUCAGUACAGACGAAGAGGAUGUAGGCUACGGUAUAACUCGCGGCAGAGAAACCAAAACGAAGACUCGUUCAUCUGGCAGUCCUAAACCCUCCUCCACGAGGGGCAGGGGAAGAGCAAAAGCAACAAGGACGCCAAAAACAGAUAUUCUUGGAAGUCUUCUUGCUAAGAAAAGAAAGUAG